UUCGUUCCACGUUCACCGGACGCGGCGGAACCGCCGAGCGUCGCAGAUGACGCAGAACGGACUUCCGAUCGCGCAGAUCCCGAGCAUGGCGAGCAUGCUGAGUGUUCAUGACUUCCACAAGUUUGGCAUCCACUCGACCGGCAUCGCGCCCGGCUUUCACUUCCACCUCGCUGCCAGCAUCAACCCAGCCACCGAUAUUCCUCUCAAUCCCCCCAUCUAUGCGGAGGAUGAUGGCACGCGCUUCCACGUUCACUGGCUCGACAACAAGGAACUGAGAUUCACUGUCGCUGCCGAGGAACUGCUAUCAGAGCUGGGUGAGAAGGCGAUGAAGCUGGAGCAGCAGCUGUACGACGAUGAGCACCAGCACGGCACGCAGUCGUCCGACACGAUGGAGUCCGCAGAGAGCCACGACGAACACCCGAUGACUAACGGAGGCAGCGGCUUGCUGGGAGCUGACCUGGAGAAGCCAGAAUUGACGGAGAAGAAGAAGAAGAAGAAGAUGAGAAAGUCGAGUCUGAGACGCAGUCUCUCGGCGAAGUUCCACCCUCACAAGCACAAGCACCAGUCGGACGAUGAGGACGAGUUAUCCGUCGCAGCUAAGGGCAUCCCGCACAGCCAGAGCGCGGCGGUGUGGCCGAUGCACGGAGGCAGCAAGGGUCCGCCCAGCCUACCCGGCCUGUCACACAGCAGCAGCAUGACGUCUACUCAUAGCUCUGUCGGCACGGAGCUAGCGAGCAUGGUCAGCACUAACUACUCGACAAAUUAUCAGAUGACACCGGGCGAUGUGUUUAUGUCGAUUGACACAGAUGAACCGGGCGAUGUGGUUAUGUCGUAG